AUGGCUGCUGAAGAGUUAAGUGUAGAAGAUAUCGGGAAGAUAAUGGUUGCCCUAGAAGAGAUCAAUAAUAAAAUGGAAGAAAUGGUGGCCAGUGUGAAGAAAUAUAACAAAGAAAUGAACAGCGAAGAGAAGAACAACGAAGAAAAGGACAACGAAGAAAAGGACAACGAAGAAAAGAACAACGAUGAGAAGAACAACGAAGAGAAGAACAACGAUGAGAAGAACAACGAUGAGAAGAACAACGAUGAGAAGAACAACGAUGAGAAGAACAACGAUGAGAAGAAAAGUGAUGAGAAGAACAGUGAUGAGAAGAACAGUGAUGAGAAGAACUGUGAUGAGAAGGACAGUGAUGAGAAGAACAGUAUCGAAGUCAUCUCUGCCGUCGAUAAUGCACACAUUGAAGUCUCUUGCAGUGACGAGACAGUAGAUGCCACCAUCAUAAAAAUCUCUGGUGAUGGUAGACUCGUACCAUCUGAAUCUCUGGAGCUGCCCUAA